GGAGCCACAACUGACAACGCUGUUUUUCAGAUCCGCUCGGGGGUCAAUCUGACCUGCUUUCUCAGUCGUAACGGCAGGGCUUCUCUGCACACACGCGCCCUUCUUUUUCUUUUCCUUUUUCUUUACUUUAGCUAGAACGGCCACGGCCUGGAGACUCCUUCUGCACCACGGCGCAGUGCAUCCACUGCCCGCUUCCUGGUGUCCGUUUGUGCUGUUUGUCGAAGCAGUUCAUUCAGACAUCCUCCGAAGUCCACGUCUCGCUUCUCCAUCGUCCGCUUACCUACGCUUCUUUGGCUCUCCUGUGGUGAAUCGUUAUCCUCCACCCUCCUUCCUGUCCUCUGGCAACGAGUUAUGGGGCUGCGUGUCUCGAGCUCGAUGACGAUACUGACGGUGAUGAUAGGAUUGAUGAUGAUGAUGAUGGGCAUGCCGUUACGGGUGAUAGUGGCAGUCGGAGCAGAUAUGAGCUGGACAGCGCAGCAGAGAGGAGGGAAGUCCGUUGCGGGAGCGGAGAGUGCGUACAAUGAUGAAGUUGGCGAUAUGCAAGGAGCGAGAGAGCUCCAGGCAGAGCCAUCAAGUGCUUUCUCCGUCAUAAACACGACUCUUCUUGGAGCUCCCCGAGUGGUUUUGUCAACUACUCAGCUCUUAGGUCCAACAGCCAAUGACAUUACGUGUUCUCGUUACAUUCAGGAUGUCGUAUUUAGCUCCCAGACGGGGGUGUUCUUCUACUUGCAGCAGGAUUCCUGCUUCAAUUAUACUGCAGGAAAUGGAGUGUUUAGACGGUCGAUUCACAAGUGUGAUAUGCGAGGCAUUGCCAGCUCUGGGCCCGCUCAGGCCAACUCCUCCUUGCUCACUGUACAAUGGACGCACGAUAACGGGAACGGCACAGCGGCAACGCCGGUAAGUGACUUGCCAACCUCUAUGCCGUAUUGGUUGUAUAAGCUCGAUCUGUCGCGGAGCGAGCGCUAUGUCGUUCUGCCCUUAUCGAUCAAAGGUUUGGCAUUCGUCAACACUGCGGAUGGUUCCAGAACCACGUACGAGAUCUCCCACUUCCUGGGUUACACGGGUGCAUUCAAUCCUAACCGCACUAUUUACUAUUUGGGAAAUGUUGGCUGCGUCCUGUACUCCGUCAUGGAUGGGGACUAUCCGGGGAGCUUUGUCAACGAUUUCCGAAGUAAAGCAUGCUAUGGGGACUACGUGUUCGACUUCGGUCAUCGAACUUUUCUCCAAGAUGGGAGCUACCUAUACGCUUGGCACCUCCGUGACAGAACAUUUCUAGGUUUUGACCUCAUUAGUGGAGAGGUGAAUGUGGUAACCGGGAUGCCGAAAAUCCAACAGAUGGCGUUGGGGGAUUUUGUGUUGACACAAGAUGGAUGCAACUUGUUCGUCGUUGUAUUUACUGAUAAUGCUGGGAAGACUAUAAUGCGGGCGGCUUUUGAUAAACCGAGAGGAAAGGUGGUCACAGUCGAGGAUGUGACUACCUAUGCCUCACGAGAUGGCUGGAUCGGGACGGUUGCUCUGGACAAUGACGACAGUCACUUGUACGUGUCGACCUCGGAUGGCCAGCUGUUCGAAUUUCCAAUCGUAGAGGGUUUCCAUGAUGUCGAAGGUCCACUGGUCAUGGAACCGCGGGGCCUUGCGAAGGCUGUGAGGCAUCCGCAAGGGGAAGGAGAAUGGAAGGUCAGGCACCACACUGUCGACAAAGGACUUGGCGUGAUUGUCGCCAAGUGUGACAGUGACAGUGGAAGGGUAGGGGGAUGUGUAGAGAGAUGCCUCCUUAACUACCCGAGGAUGGAUGAAGUCGCCAGKAGAGCCAGAAUCCCAUAAUGCGCGGUACACUCUAGUAGAAGUCCCAAGACGCA